AUGGCAACUCAACGUAUUGUCCCAUCCGAUCGCGAGGCUGCCGAGCUUCAGAGGGCAGAAGGCCAGACGGUCGACCUCAUCCGUCAGGCACAGGAGAGCGACGAAGCCGAUCGAAAGUUGACAAUCCGGCAAGCAGUCAAAAAAUAUAAAAAGGCAGUUUUCUGGGCCAUGUUCCUGUCGACAAGUUUAAUCAUGGAAGGUUAUGAUCUCGUGAUUAUUACUUCCUUUUACGGCCAAACCCAGUUCAAGGAGCGUUUCGGCGUAUAUGACCCAGUGUCCGAUCAAAAACUCAUUCCUGCGGCAUGGCAGUCUGGUCUUUCGAACUCGGCUCUGGUCGGCCAAUUGGCAGGUCUUGUCGUUAACGCCUUUUGCCAGGAUCGUUUUGGUUGCUGCCCAACGAUGAUGUUCUUCAUGGUCUGGAUGGCAGUCGCCAUCUUUGUGCCUGUCUUUGCACAGUCGCUAUCGGUCCUCGCAUUCGGAGAGGCGUUUUGCGGUAUAUCCUGGGGUGUAUUUCAGACAUUGUCAACCACGUAUGCUUCCGAAGUGGUGCCUACGAUCCUCAGGCCUUAUGUCACUGCAUACGUAUGCAUGUGCUGGGGUGGUGGAAUCCUUCUCUCAUCAGGGGUCGUGAGGGCCGUAGCGGGACUUGAAGGUGAUAUGGGCUGGCGGCUGCCCUUCAUAUUACAAUGGGUCUGGCCUUUUCCUUUGUUCAUCGGAGCAUAUUUUGCACCCGAGUCCCCGUGGAACUCAGUGCGACGGGACAAGGUAGAAGAGGCAAGAAAGAGCCUGCUGCGCCUAUACCAGGACAUGCCCGAGAGAGAACAACGAGUGGAGCAGACAUUGGCGUACAUCAAGUACACGACCGAGAUGGAAAAAGCCGAAACCGCCAAUGCCAGCUUUCUCGAGUGCUUCAAAGGCACCAACUUGCGGCGAACUGAGAUUAAUUGCGUCGUAUGGGCAGCCCAAAUCCUCUGCGGAAACGCGAUCCUCGGCUACUCGGUGGUAUUCCUGCAGGCUGCAGGUUUCAGCGAACUACAGGCCUUCAACAUCAACAUCUCAUUAUCCGCCUGCUACAUUGUCGGUGGCAUCAUUUGCUGGUUCCUCUUCCCGCAUGUUGGCCGCGCGACAAUCUACAUGACCGGAUUGACCUUCAUGUUCUUCUGCCUGAUCACGAUCGGAGGCCUCGCCUGGGGUCCUGGGCGGGACGCACAGCUAGCCAUUGGAAUAAUCCUCGUGAUAUCAACACUAUGCAAUAUGAUUGCUAUCGGACCAACUUGCUACCCGAUUGUCGCAGAGACACCAUCCGGAAGGCUGAGGUAUAAAACAAUCACCAUUGGGCGGUUUGUAUACAAUCUUACCAGCAUCUUCACCAAUUCGGUUACCCCUCGCAUGCUUUCGUCUACCUCAUGGAACUGGGGUGCCAAAGCCGCGUUCUUCUACGCAGGCACUAACCUACUGUGCAAUAUCUGGUGCUGGUUUCGACUGCCAGAAACAAAGGAUCGGACCUUUGGCGAGAUCGAUUUACUCUUUACCCACCGCGUGCCGGCGAGGAAGUUCAAGUCUACGCAGGUCGAUCAGUUCGCUCACGGCGGCGAGUAUGCGGUGAAGAAAGAGGUUGAACAUGAAGAGAAUGCGUAA